CAGCUUUAACAAAACAAUUAGACGUGAUGGAAAGUAAGCUCUAUCAAAUAAAUAAGACGAUGGAAGAAUCAGCAACGAAUUUAGUGCCGCCCUCUGUUGUAGGUGUAAAAGAAACGACCACUCCCCAGGGAUACAAAGACAAGAAAACUUCUUUGGCCCGUACUUCAGUCGUCCCUGCUACUUCUCCGUGGUCACCUAAGGAAGCCUCUCUCUCUACUGUACGCCAAGAAACUUCAAAAGUCGAACACAGUACAGUACGUUCCUGCCCAGCACAUAAAGCCCCGGACAACGGGACUGUAGACAUUGCACCUGACUUAGGGUUUGGUCAGACUAUCAAAUAUUCAUGCAAUGCUGGAUACGUUCUUCAAGGAUCAAACAUAGGAAAAUGCCAAGAAAAUGGAACAUGGGGGGAAGUGCCCACUUGCGUAGUCGAUCUUGCAUGUGAUUUUGAGUCAAUCAACCCUACAUGCGGUUACACGAAAGUUGAUGGGACAUUUCAGAGAGAAUACAGAGAUAAUGACGCUACAGAUUAUGUUCUUGCUGGUAAUGGUACAAUCAGAUCUUUACCCAAGGCUUUGGCUGGCAAUGAGUCACUAUGCAUGAGUGUCGACAUAAAAGGAACAUCUGAUGGAGAGCUGAUGGCCAAGGCACACAACGGAAAUGUAACGAAAGCAAUCUGGCCGUUUUCGGCCUCGACUAACUGGACAACCGAGAAAUUCACUUUAACGAAAGUAAACUCCACAGAUACCAAGGUACAGCUUGAGCUUGAGGCAUCCGGGAAUGUAGAGUUAGACAACAUAACAACUUUGAACUUCUCCGAAUGUUAUGGUCUGGCUACACCAUGUGCAAAGCGAAAUCUUGACAACGUAAAAAUUUCUCCUGAGCAAGACUUGUACAGUGUGAAUCAGGAGGUCAGUUACUCUUGCAGCAAUGGUUCCACUUUGAAAACGGGACAAACCGCAACAUGCAAACCUGACGGUUCAUGGUCGACAACACCAGUGUGCACCUCUGCAGAAUGUGGCGUUGCCUAUAAUUCGAAAUGUUUUCAAGCGAUAGUUUAUGACGUGAAGAACGUCUCAAACAAAGUCGCUAACUCUAUUUGCCGGAAAAACCUUGCCAACAUUUAUGACUUCACACACUACAACCUGAUUCUAGAAUACUUACGAUCAAUGAUUCCUGAUGGAGAGUCAGAGAUUAAUGUUCGUACCGGAAUGAAUUACAAGAACGGUCAGCUGAAUUCAGCGACGGGCCAAGCUAUUCUGCUGCCGACUGAGGUUUGGCGCCCUAAUAUCGAUACAUCACGCUCAACUGUAAUUUUUGCUGUCAGGCAAAACCCGGAGGACGAUAGACAAGGGUUUUUUAAUAUCUAUCCUCAGUGGACAGCCCAUGGAGCCAUCUGUGAAAAUGAUAUAUAACUCUGUCCAUUGAAUGAUUGAUAAUCAAAAAACUGAUUUUUAAACCGAAUCCAAACUUACUGCAGUUAUAAACUCUAUCUUGAGCGUUCUAUUAUCAAUCGCAUCGAGUCGCAUUUCCUUUUCUGCUUAUUCAUAUUAUUGAGCAAUUUUUGUCAUAACCCACGAGGGCGCUGCUGCGUCAUUUCUUACUACAGUGAUAUUUUGUGAUUUUCAUCUUGUGAUACUUUCGAAUUAUUGGAUCAGUAUAUUUUGGUCUCUUCUCUCUGAAUUAAUCAGUCAACAGGUGUUGCUGAUUCGAAGACUGUUACAGUCCUUCGCGACCCCUCAUCGAUUGCAAUGAAUCACUCACGUUAUUUUUUUCUAUUUUUUUUUAAUUCCGUUAUACACUUUUUGUGUAUUGUUUGCAUUGAUUCUUGCAUGUUUAGGAAAAUUGAGUUUAAGAGUAAUUGAUAUUUACCUUAGCAUUUUAAUUAAAACUUUGAAUUACUACUUCCGCAGUUGAACAACCAUAUGCUCUUGUAUUCUCGAAUAUUCGUUAGCCGCAAAUGCGGCUUAAUUUACACCCCAACUUACUGUAUCUAUGGCCCACAGUUGAACAAGCCUAUAAAGUAAAUAAAUCCUACAUGCCGUAUAUACCCUUCUUAUGGAAUACAGUUUGGGUUUAGCUACUUAUCACUUGUAUGAGACGAUUAAUUUACCGAUACCGCUGAAUGCCUUUA